GGAUUGGCUUUUACUGAAUGUAGGCUAGCCUACUGUUGUUUGGUAUGAGGCUAUCAAAUAAAGCCUACAAGCCAAUUCAUUGUCUAAUAUUGAUUAAAGAUAUAUUAAUGCAUUGCUCUAAGAGAGUAGUGCUUAGCCUACUGUCAGUCAUUUACAGACAGGGUCAUAUGUUUGACCUGAUUUACUAGACUGCAAAGUUCAAAGUGGGUAGGCUGCUUCAUUUGUUGCCACGGAAACAUUAACAGUUUGCGCUUUGAUUCGUGCUGUCAGCAGGUUUAAAGUAUGCCCUUUGUAUAAUUUCAUUAUUUUUCUUCCACUCUCCACAGCAACAAGCCUGAAGCAUUUUAACACGCAAGCAUUAAUUUUGAAAAUGUGGCUCAUUCAUUUCAGACCGUGUUCCUGUUUUGUGAGCAGGUGUCCUCUUCUUUCAUGACAGGAAGACUGUAGGCUAUGUUAUGUGUGAUAUCAGUGUUGGACAGUAUUUCUCAGAGCAUUCUUCUAGUGGAUACUGCAUGCUGUAAUGGUUAUACCAUGGAAAUAAUGUCAUGAUGUGGCUAUUCUAUUCAUUAACAAUAUGACAUAAAACAAUGUUGCGCCCUCACAUCCCCUCCUUUUGGCAGAAGGUAUCCUACACAUUGACACCAUGUGUGGGGUGCCACUGUAGAAAACUAAAAAACCUUCUGGACACCUUGACACUGAUGAUUUUGAAAUAAUUCACAAGUGGUUCAAGUAUAGAGGUCUAAAGAGUUUAACAGUCUUAUUCUGUGGUGAAUUUCUUGCUUCAUGACAGGCUCACACAAGUGACUUGGAGUUUGCACUGUGACUUCUUACUGCUGAGACAUAAUUUAGCGCCUAUUAUUUAUUUGGCGUCAGUUAGCUUCUUUUCAAUAAUUCAUUGCACCACAGGCAUCUCAAGGUGUUAUGAGAGCAUUCUGAACAUUGCUUGCUUUUUUGUUUGGAGUUGGAGGGCCUGUUAAACUCUCAGCAUUCUACUCAAAGCCUAGCUGCUAGUGGGAGGAUGAGAGAGACAGCCACACACAUCACAGCUAUACUAAAUAAGGUCCCGCUCCACCACCUAGUGUAGUGAUUUGUCUCUUAUGUAACAGUGCAAGAAUAGAGAGAAUAGCCUGAAAAAAGAAAGACAACUGGUGCAUCCUUUAGUCAGAAAGUGUAUUGCCACAGUUGUAGAGUGUUUGCUUUGCUGCAUUGGUGAGGCUCAGCAGUGAGGAGCCUUUGGAGGAUUUCCAAAUGUAAAGCCGAACUUGAUUGGAAGACUUGUGUUGCAGUCCCCAGGUGAAUCCAAUCUGACACCCUACCUCACCUGACACAAUCAGCCUGCAACACCUCCUCCACCUCCCCCACUCCUCCACCACCCCUCCAUUCACUCUGCUCAGACCAAACUGUUUAGUCUGGCUAAACUCAUGAACUUCCUUCCCCAUAGAAACAUAGCCACUCAGUAAUACUUUACCAUGGAGCUAGAGGCUGUUCUAUACAUCUCUGAGGACAUCAUGGACUCUUUCAGCACCAAGAACCUGGCGCUGCAGGCUCAAAAGAAGCUGAUGAGUAAGAUGGCCAACAAGACAGUGGCCAACAUGUUCAUCGACGACACCAGCAGCGAGGUGCUGGACGAGCUAUACCGCGUGACCAAGGAGUACACGCGGAACCGUAAGGAGGCGCAGAAGAUCAUCAAGAACCUCAUCAAGAUGGUAGUGAAGCUGGGUGUGCUCUACCGCAACAACCAGUUCAGCGCUGACGAGCUGGCGCUGGUGGAGGGCUUCCGCAAGAAGGUGCACACGCUGGCCAUGACGGCGGUUAGCUUCCACCAGAUCGAGUUUACUUUCGACCGCCGCAUCAUGAGUGGCAUCCUAAACGAGUGCCGCGAGCUGCUCCACCAGGCCAUCAACCGCCACCUCACCGCCAAGUCACACUCCCGCAUCAACCACGUUUUCAACCACUUUGCCGACUGUGACUUCCUCGCAACGCUCUACGGGCCCACCGAGGUCUACCGUGGCCACCUACAGAGGAUUUGUGACGGUGUGAACAAGAUGUUGGAUGAAGGCAACCUCUGACCUCUUACCACCCUAUAUUCUGCCUCCCUCCAUUUUUAAAAAAACAAAACAGUGUGUUUGUGAACAUUUUACAUGUUUUUCUGUGAGCCUUUUAGUCUCUGUGUGUCAUCUAUUCACAAGACGAAUCCGAGAGAUCUCCAGACUCAAGACACUUUGCCCCUUUCCCAUCAUUUAUGAUGAUCCUUAUAAUGCAGACAGACACUUCCUUUGAUGACUGAACUAUCUACCUAAAAUGGUCUUUCACUGAAAGCCUAUGAUCAAAUUUGUGAGAGGAUGUUGUGAACUAGUGCAGUCUAAGGACAUUACCAUGAGCCAACAAGCCCUAAUGCCUAGUGAGAAUAUGAUGAACUUAAAGCACAACUUGAAGCAAAACAAGCACUGCAAUUUCUUAAGUAUACUAACAUGUUGAAGGACCAUUUAUGAUUACAGGUAGGAUAUGAAUGUAUAUGUAAUCCUGAGUUUACAUGUAAUCCCCAGCACUAUCCCCAUGCCUGCUUUAUUCUUGUCUAUGCACAGGUGAGUUUGUUUUAAUGGAAAGUAGUUAUUAGAUUACAGCAACACCAAAGCCUGUUUGUGUAAACCAUGUAGCUGGUGCUCAACAAACCUGACCUUUAUUUUGGAACUGUAACAUAUAUAUUUGUCAGUUAUGAAAUCUCAAGUGAGACUCACUCAGACCAGGAUCUAGUAUUUCAGUAGUAUUCGCUUACAGCCCACUCUAAACCCUGUACCCCAAGCUCAUGUGAUAGAGAUAGUUAGAAAUCUGCUCUCUGAUGCAAGUCCUCAAUCAGGAAUGAAGUUUGAUGUGAAUAAUCUACUUGCCUCUAUGAUGCUACUCUGCACACACAGGCUCUUCUAGAUUUAUUUUUAUAUUGCUGUUUUUUAAAUACGUUAUUCUCAUUUAAUGUUGUCUCUGGCGAAGAUCAGAGACACUUGGAAGACCGUCAAUUCAUGGGAUACACCAGAGGAGUAAUCGUUCCGUCACUGAAUCAAAACCUGUAGCAGCUCUGCCAAAGAGGUUUCAAAUGAUUGUUUUUAAGUCACAGAGAGGACCCAAACAUUCCAAAAGAGGUUCUGUUUUGGAAUGCUGUGUUUACAUUCCACAGGAAGUUCAACUUUAGAAUGCUACUAUUCAUUAUCUAUGCACUUAGUAGAUUAGUGGGUAAUAUUUUUGUAUUUUCUAAAUAUACAUCUCCCAGCUGUAAAGUGAUCACCUGUUGGACUGUUCUGUUGGUUAUGUGACACUUGAGCUCAUGAAUAAAGGAUUUGAAAGAGUAUGCCAACACAAGUACUGAGAGGAGAACAAUAGACCAGAAUAUCUUUUUAUGGAGCAGUAAAGUUCAGCUGCAAUCAAUGCCAUAUCCGUCUCCAACUUAAGCACUCAGGGUUGAGUCUCUCAGGCCUUCUGUUCUUAGUGAGUCAGUAACGAAAUGACGGUGAACUGUUAUUUCUGUAUAUAUAUAUAUAUUUGGUUCAUCAUGACCAUUAAGAUAUUUUUAGUCAAAUCCAAUGUAUGCCUUUUGAUUGAAAGUAAUAUGAUAUGUGUGAACAAAUCAUGUGAACAUAAAGGUUUUGUCAACAUC